AUGAUAUCCACAACAAUAAGGAACAGAAUACACAAAAUAAUCUCGGGCAACAAUCUCAUCCUGGAAAAUGAAGAUAACCAAACCAACCUGAAAAAUAUUGUUAACAACUGUACGUUGAUAGAAAAUGCUUUGCGCAAAGAAUUCUUGGAGUUCAGACGGCUGCCCAGGAACAAACUAAACGCCCUGAUUAUCGACGUGUUGAAAAAAACGUUUGAAGGGGAUGGCGUCUCCUCCAAGGGGGGAAGCAUUUAUGGGAACGAAUUCCAGGGAAGUUACGGGGAGGGGCAACAGGACGGUCAGCAUAACUAUGACGAUCAGGACAGCCAUCAUGGUGAUGAUAAGUGGCAACCCGGUGAGAAAGACGAAGGGCCGUGUCCCACCAAGGGGAAAAAAAAAAAAAAAAAAAGGAUGAACAGCUGUCCCAAGAUGGAAGUAAAAAAGUCAAGGGUACCUUAUUAA